AUGAGUGACACAGUGGACAAGCUGGUCAUCUUCCUAGCAAAGAGAGAUGGCAUAGAUAAGCUUGUUAAGACUUUCCAGUAUGUGUCCAAGCUUGUUCACUGGCAUGCAGAAGCCAACCAUCCAGACGUUGCACAGAGAUUCAAGCAAUGGGAAGUUGCUUCUGGCCUUAGUAGGAAAGCCUUUAGAACUGGCAGGUUUCUCACUGGCUUCAAUGCUCUUAGAAGAGGCCCUGGCUCAACCCCAACUUUUAAAAUCCUUGCUGUUCUUGCUAACGCAGGAGAAAUGGUCUAUUUCUUUUUUGAUCAUUUUCUUUGGUUAUCAAGAAUUGGAACUUUGGAUGCAAAAUUGGCAAGAAGGAUGAGCUUCAUUUCAGCAUUUGGUGAGUCUUUUGGCUAUAUAUUUUUUAUAAUAGCUGAUUUUAUUAUAAUGAAAGAAGGAAUAGAAACAGAGAGAAGGCUCUUAGUUUCUUCAAAAGGAGAUGAUUUAAAGGAUGCGAAAGAGAGCAUAAGGAAGAUCAGAGCAGAGAGAGUGAUGAGGUUGAUGGCAGUAGCAGCUAAUGUUGCCGAUUUGAUUAUUGCUCUGGCAGAUAUCGAGCCCAACCCAUUUUGCAACCAUUCUGUUACUCUUGGUAUCAGUGGGUUGGUCUCUGCAUGGGCUGGUUGGUAUAGAAAUUGGCCCUCGUAA